CAAAGUCCCCAAGCGCCAGGGGAAGGCUUCUUUUUUUUGGUUUGUUUGGAGGUGGUGGGAAUGGAGCUCCUUGGUGUGUGGGAUCUGGGGUACUUGGCGUGGACUAAGGCUACAGAUCUCACAAAACAUGCUCGGUCAAGGAGCGUGAUGACCGGAGAGCAGAUGGCGGCCUUUCACCCUGCAUCCACCCCCAACCCGCUGGAAAGACCCAUCAAGAUGGGCUGGCUGAAGAAGCAGAGGUCCAUCGUGAAAAACUGGCAGCAGAGGUACUUCGUGCUGAGGGCGCAGCAGCUUUACUACUACAAGGACGAGGAGGACGUAAAGCCACAGGGCUGCAUGUAUCUACCUGGAAGUACAAUCAAGGAGAUUGCCACAAAUCCAGAAGAAGCGGGGAAGUUUGUCUUCGAAGUCAUUCCAGCCUCAUGUGACCAGAGUCGUACUGGACAGGAUUCCUAUGUCCUCAUGGCCAGCUCCCAGGCGGAAAUGGAGGAGUGGGUUAAAUUCCUUAGGAGAGUCUCUGGCACGCCCUCUGGAGCCGUGUUUGGCCAGCGCCUGGAUGAGACCGUGGCUUAUGAGCAGAAGUUCGGCCCCCACCUGGUGCCCAUCCUAGUGGAGAAGUGUGCCGAGUUCAUCCUGGAGCAUGGUCUGAACGAAGAGGGCAUCUUUCGACUGCCUGGGCAGGACAACCUGGUGAAACAGCUGAGAGAUGCUUUUGAUGCGGGGGAGCGGCCCUCCUUUGAGAGAGAUACAGACGUCCACACGGUGGCCUCCCUGCUGAAGCUUUACCUCCGAGACCUCCCAGAGCCCGUGGUUCCCUGGAGCCAGUACGAUGGGUUCCUGCUCUGUGGGCAGCUCAUGAAUUCAGAUGAGGCAAAGGCCCAGCAGGAGUUGAUAAAACAGCUCUCAAUUCUUCCCCGAGACAACUAUAGCCUCCUGAGCUACAUCUGCAGGUUCCUCCAUGAAAUCCAGCUGAACUGUGGAGUUAACAAAAUGAGCGUGGACAAUCUGGCUACUGUGAUUGGUGUAAAUCUCAUCAGGUCGAAGGUCGAGGACCCUGCUGUGAUCAUGAGAGGGACUCCUCAAAUCCAAAGAGUGAUGACCAUGAUGAUCAGAGACCAUGAAGUCCUUUUCCCCAAGUCCAAGGAUGCACCUUUAUCACCCCCUGCCUCCCAAAAUGACCCCAAGAAACCUCCAGUUGCACGAAGCUCUGUGGGCUGGGAUGCCACUGAGGACCCUCCAAUUUCUAGGACAGACAGUGCCAGUGACUCAGAUGCAACGAGCCCCACCGGACAACAGCCAAACGAUGGGUGUCUAGAAGACAAAGCAUCCAGGGACAAGCUAGGAGAUUGGAAGCUGCAAUCACGAAAAAGGACUCAGACACUCCCAAACCGGAAAUGCUUCUUGACCUCCGCUUUGCAAGGUGCCAACAGCUGCAAAGCAGAGAUCUUUAAAAAUGAAUUCUGGUCAUCUUCUUUGGAGGCGAAGGCUGGGGAUGGACAUAGGAGAACGAUGUCUCAAGGUGUGCCGCAGUUUUUCGACUCCCAGCGGACUUCCACCUAUGAUAAUGUCCCCACCCAGCCCGGGUCCCCUGGGGAUGAAGCCAGUACACUCUCACCCCAGGCCUGUGACUCCAAGAGAGAUGCUCUUGCCAGCCUAAACUCUGAAACUGGGCCUGGGAGAAAAAUCUCUGGUGAAGAGGAACUUGAAUCUUUGCAGAAGAUGGUCCAGGAGCUGCGAAAGGAAAUAGAAACACAGAAGCAAAUGUAUGAGGAACAGAUUGAAAACCUCGAGAAGGAAAAUUAUGACGUGUGGGCUAAGGUGGUGAGGCUCAAUGAAGAACUGGAGAAUGAGAAGAAGAAGUCAGCAGCCUUGGAAAUCAGCCUCCGCAACGUGGAACGCUCCCGGGAGGAUGUGGAGAAGAGGAACAAGGCCUUGGAAGAGGAGGUCAAGGAGUUUGUCAGAUCGAUGAAGGAACCCAAGACUGAUGCUUGAGGAUCCCAGAAACCACAAAGACUGCCUGCAGAGAACCAGCGCGGCUGCCUUUCUUGCUGCUAACCAAUAGCCAGGAAGCAACAUCACUCCCUAAGAGGGAGAUGACAUUUGGAGGGAAAAACAUCACAUUUCCCAGUAAAUAGAUCAGUGGAGUUUGCAGGAGGAUAAGAGUAAGCGGGGACUUGUGUGGACAGCUAUGAGCCCCUGGGGCUGUAUUUGAAAGGAUUGCAUUAUUCAGCGGUGGUUUCAGCUGAGUGAGACAGCACCUUCCGCAACUGGCUGGCUGUGUCCAGUGGAGACUGACACAGGCCACAGGCAACAGGCUGCCCCCGACAGAGGCUGGACUGAAGUGUUAGCUGUGUUUCCGUUGUGGAACAACUUGCUUGGUCAGAUGCCCGAAUGGGGUGUCUCUGAGACACAGGGGCCAAAAAUAAUAUUCAGCUUUUGAGUUCUCUGCCUUGGGGGAGGGGAACUGUGUUUUGAAGGGCUGUACCUGCUGAAGCCAGGACCCCAUUCUGCCACCCCCCUGCCCCAUGAGGCACACUCUCCAGGGCUGGAAACUCAAAAUUCGUGUUAGGCAAAGACAAACCAAGCAAUAAACUGUAUUUAUGAAAGCAAAAGCCAUUAGAAAAUUGUAUUCAAAUAAAGGGAAAAAAAGAA